AUGACCGACAGAAUCCAAAACACCGCAAACUCCUAUAUCGGCGGCGCCAAGCAGACCGUCGGUGAGACCCUCGGCUACAGCGACCUUGCCGCCAACGGAGCCCAUCAGAAGACUCAAGCCGAUGCCGCCCAGAAGGCCGCCGAUGCCAAGACCCACGCCGAGGGUGUUGGCCACAAGGUCCAGGGAGAGGUCCAGAAGAACGUCGGAUCUUUGACUGGCAACAAUGACAUGGAGGCUCGCGGCCAUGUCAACGAGGUCCGCGGCGAUCUCGAGCGCAAGGUCUAA